CUUUUGACUCGAAAUCGAAACGGGUAUCUGCCUACACUUCCCCAUAAAACACGAACAAGCUAGUUCACAGCCUCGUGGGGGACAGGGCAGGAUCAACAACAAUGAGUGGACAGAGAGGGAUGCAGCGCUGCAGAACAGUGUCCAGGAAGGGAGAGACCAUCUACUCUUGCAGGGACUGUGCUCUGGACCCCACCUGUGUGUUCUGUCAGGACUGUUUCCAGAACAGCGCACACAAAGCCCAUGCCUAUAAGAAGCGUGUGUCAGCAGGAGGCAGCGCCUGUAGCUGUGGGGAUGUGGUGGGCUGGCGUAGCGCCCCCUACUGCUCAAAGCACAACCCUGCAGCCUCUAACUGGGAGACCCCCAGCACAGGCCUCUGGGACCAGGAGCAGGACUCCAGGGCACCAUUUAAAGGAGGAACUGUUUCCAUGCAGGCCCCGGUGUGCCUGAUAGAUAACGGGCCUGAUGGGCGCAUGAGUGUCCAGCAGGAGGCGCUAAAGAUCCUGGAGCAGAUCCAGCAGCCGGUGGUGGUGGUGGCCGUGGUGGGGCUCUACCGGACGGGCAAAUCCUACCUCAUGAACCGCCUGGCCGGCAAACACGCAGGCUUUGCUCUGGGCGGCACCAUCGAGUCCAAGACCAAAGGCAUCUGGAUGUGGUGUGUGCCUCACCCCUCUAAACCAGGACACACCCUGGUGCUGCUGGACACAGAGGGCCUUGGAGACGUGGAGAAGGGCGAUGAGAAGCACGACACGUGGAUCUUCUGUCUGGCUGUUCUACUCAGCAGCACUCUGGUCUACAACAGCAUGGGCACCAUCGACAACACUGCCCUGGAGAAACUGCAGUUUGUGACAGAACUGACGGAGCACAUCAGAGUGAAGUCCAGCGAGCACAACAGGAACACGGAGCUGAUGCGUGUCUUCCCCUCCUUUGUGUGGACGGUCAGAGACUUCACUCUGGAGCUGGAGAAGGAGGGCAAACCCAUCACUGCUGAUCAGUACCUGGAGCAUGCCCUGAAGAUCAAACCAGUUGACGCUAGGUCCCCUCCAGGAGUUGAGAAGCACAACAAGGUGCGCCAGAACCUGAGGGACUUCUUCGCUGUGCGACGCUGCUUCGUGAUGGAGCGUCCAGCCAAUAGCAGAGCGAUGAAGCGCAUGGAGGAGCUGACGGACGCGGACCUGGAUCCCAGCUUCGUGCAGCAGGCCAAGGACUUCUGCAGCUACGUCCACAACAGCGCCCAGGUCAAGACCAUGAGAGGAGGCCGGGGGCUGACCGGCAGGAUGCUGGGCAGCCUGGCACAGACGUACGUGGAGGCGAUCCGCAGUGGCAAAGUGCCGUCUCUGGAGAGUGCUGUGGAGUCGCUGGCGCUGAUCCAGAACGGCCGGGCCGUGAAGGAGGCGUUGGAGUUCUACCGGGCAGAGAUGGGGCGCAGAGUGAAGUUCCCAACUGAGACUCACGAGGCGCUGUCUACAAUCCACACUGCUGCAACCAAACAGGCCAUCAGCAUCUUCAUCAACGCAUCCUUCAACGAUGAGGACCAGAAACAUCAGCUACAGCUCAUGAGCAGCAUGGAUAAAGAGUAUGUGGCGGCCUGUAAGAACAACGUUAAAGUGUCUCGGAAGGAGUGCUGGUCGGUCAUCCCUCGUACUUUUGCCUCUCUGGAGGCGGGCCUGAAAGACGGCUCCUACAUGAGAUCUGGGGGCUACGGAGAAUUCCGUCGUGCCCUUGACAGCGGUGCUCGACUCUACAGAUCAGAGAAACGCAAAGGAGUUAUGGGUGAGGAGGUAUUGACCGAGUAUCUGGAGCAGAAGAACGUAGCUGGGGAGGGCAUCCGUAGAGCAGACAUCUCUCUAACUGAAGCUCAAAAGAAGAUGGAAGAGAACAAGGUGAAGCAGCAGGAGGCUGAGCAGCAGAGGAGACUCCUGGAGCAGCGAACGCAGAUGCAGCAGCAGGCCCUCCGCGACCUCAAGAGCAGCAAUGAGGAGAACAUCCGUCAGCUGGAGGCCAAGGUGGAGCGGGAGAGAGAGAGAUCCCUGAACGAGAUGGAGCGGGUGCUGGCAGCUAAGCUGAAGGAGCAGCGGGAGCUGCUGGAGCAUGGCUUUAGGAGACGCGCUGAGGACAUGGAGGACGACAUCAGAAAGCUGAAGAAGGAGCAGAAGAGGGAACAGGAGGAGAAGCCGGGCUUCUUCCAGAAGCUGGGCUCCGGUUUUAGCUCAAUAGGAAGUGCAUUAUUUGGCUGGAUGUUUUAGCCGGCUUGUAAGCCCUUAGCUCUGCGCAGCACAGCAGGUCCAAGAACAUCAUGUCUAAUGAGGAGGAAACUGCGCUCACUCUCGUAGACAGUCUGCUGUGAGUACAGACAGUGGUGGAGGACAUGUACAGGCUCCAGUAUGAAGGGUCAUUCAAACCUUUACCUCUCUUACACACAGGAAGUGCUUUUACAGUCACAACUAUAUCACAAUGAUGUCAAGUGGCUGAAGUGGUUAAAUACAGCAUAUUAAGUAUAAUGGUGCAUAUAAAUAUGUAUGUGUUAUAACGGCACAUGUCAGUAGGUAUAAUGGUAAUAUACUGUAUAAGGUAAAUAUGUAUGUGAGUUAUAACGGCUCAUGUCAGUAGAUAUGAUGGUGUACAGUAUGUAAGGUAAAUAUGUAUGUGUGAAGUACAACAGCUCAUGUCAGUACUGUAGGUAUGUUGGUGCCUUGCUGAAGUUGUUGGCUCCUCUGUUAUUUCAGCAGGGUGUUUACCCAUCACUCUUCAAACAUUAAUCAUAAUAUGAAUGCUUGGCUCUCACUAAUAUACCUCACAUAAAUAUAUAUUUACAUUGAGUAAUAUUUACACUAGUGUUAAAGAUCACACCCUGAAAUGCCACCCUUCAUACUAGUGUUGAAUUUAAGUGGGUUGCAGACAUCAUUGGUUAUUUACAUAUCUCUGUAGUAAUUACACUGACACUGUGCUUGAACUUCAGAAAUUAAUAAAAUGAUGAACAAUAUGGGCACAAGCAGGACCCGUGGUAGUGAUGUAGUAACUUUAUGUAAAACAUAAUGUGUAAAAAAAUUAACACAUUUCAUUCUUUACUUAUCUGAAUUCCUGUGUCAAAAUAAAAGUUCUCACUUGGACUGCAACACAUGAGUAUUAUGCCUGUCAAGCUUGGCUGUUGUUUUUAUCAAAAAUAGAUGCACUCAAGCAAAGUCCAUCUAAGGCAAGUCCAUUCACUCAGUCGACAUAUUGGAGACGCUUUCGGGCAGCUAAUUGGGCUUAACAAGAUCAAGCCCUAUCAAAAUGAAUAGGGAGAUAUAGAAAAGUCCAGAUUAGCUGGUCGUACUGACUAAAUAUUGUAAUAUAUUGUGUGAAUCCUUGUUUAAAUCUGAAUUGAACGGUGUCAAAAUCCACCUGCACAUUACUGAAAUAAAGCUUAAAAGACAUUUAAAAUAGCUAUUUGCUCACUACACCUGGGCCAACAUUUGCGGCAUGGCUAUCACCAUGGUGAUGGAGAUAGUAAACAAAAAGCUGUCAGUCAUACAGCAUCCAACAAUGCGAUUGGCUAUUUUAACGGCAAGGCAGGACUACCAGUUUCUCUACUCCGCCAUCUUUGGGUUCCAAACGGCUGUAAUGCAUUCCUAUGGGAGGACUUCCUACAGUUUUUUUCAAUUGUUUACACACAAACGGUAAACAGUUUAGUCCUAUGAACAACAGCAGUACACCAUUCAAACUCAAAAUUCUGUGGUCACGUUGAGGUGAACUGCGACAUGUGGCAUCAGAUUUUUAAAAUAGGUAUUCAGAACAUUUUCAAUGACGGUGGAAGUUCUUCUUCAAUGUUUAUAACAAUACCAAAGCUACUAAAUGGUUCCUUGAGUGUUGGAAUGUGGAUAAAACAGUGUGAUUUUGUAAUGUUCAAUUGUUGAAUAAACUCUUUUGAGAGGUGGAUGAACUCUAAUAAGAGGUGGAUGA